AUGGAUUCAGUUGGCAAGACUUCUUUGAUUACACGUUUUAUGUACGACUCUUUCGACAACAUGUACCAAGCAACUAUCGGUAUAGAUUUCCUGUCCAAAACUAUGUACCUUGAGGAUCGAACUGUCCGGUUACAACUGUGGGACACAGCGGGACAAGAGAGAUUCCGAAGUUUGAUCCCUUCAUACAUUCGGGAUUCGAGUGUAGCAGUGGUGGUUUAUGACAUUUCGAAUCGAAAGUCAUUCCAAAACACAAGAAAAUGGGUGGACGACGUCAGGGGAGAACGAGGAAACGACGUUAUCAUUGUAUUGGUCGGUAAUAAGACAGAUUUGAACGACAAAAGAGAAGUCACAACUAGUGAGGGAGAAGAGGAGGCAAAAAAGAACAACUUAAUGUUCAUUGAGACGAGUGCAAAACUCGGCCACAAUGUAAAGACCUUGUUUAGGAGGAUAGCUCAGGCUUUACCUGGGAUGGAAGGCGCGGAUAAUGCUGCAACGCCUAACCAAAUGAUUGAUGUUAACGUCAACCCAACUCCAGUCAAUCAAGAAGGAUGUGCAUGUUGA